UGGGAUGGAGAACAACCCCCUUGCUAUCUAUCUAUUACUGACGCCUGUCGAUCGCGAUGUCGAUCACGGACUAAAAUAUUCUCCUUUUCCCCUUCUUUUGGUGUCUGGCCUAAUUUCUUUCUUUGUCUUUGUCUUUUGUCUUUUGUCUUCCUUGUCUUUCUUUUUGUAUUUCUUGUCUCUCUUCUUGUCUCUUUUUGUUGGUGUUGACCCACAGUGUCACCUCUGGGAAUAAAUCCGUUGAAUCAACGCGGGGACCAAGGGACGGAUCCACUCGGCUGUCACGAUAUAAGAAGAAGCGAAUAAAAGAGGAGAGUAGAUAUAGGAAGGAAAGAGAAGAGAGAGAGACAGAGAGAGAGAGAGGGAUGGAGAGAGAGGAUGGAGAGGGAAAGCAAACAAGUACAGAAGCACUGGCAAAUCGGCGACAGAAUUAACCCCAAUAAUAAAAAUAAAAUAGAGGAAAAAAAAUCAAACCCAGAUUGGCAAAGAGACCGGGAUGAUCGUGGUCUGAUAUAAACCAGUGAUGAAAGGCCAGUCAGUCAGUGCACGAGCAGGGCGCGUGGGGUUGAUCUCCCUUCUUGUCACAUUACUGGAGUUCAAGGAUGAAGAGAGGGAGAAGUCAAGGAAGUCAAGAGAGGGAUUGCCCCAUGCGUGUACAGUAGUAAUCCACCGACUUAAUAAUAGCAGAGAAGGAUCGAUUAUGGAAAGAAAAGAAUUGACGAAGAGAACAAAAAGAACGAUUGAAAUCGAAUGCAGUUGCGGGUCACGAGGGGCGCAAAGCAUCACCGUCUUCAGCAAUCAAAUCAAUCAUCCCCACUUCGGCUUCUGCGUCUGCUUCUACCUCAACCUCACUUUUGACCCUUCGAGCUGGUUCGGUAAAAGUGAGGCUGAAGUUGGGGUCCGCCGGGAUUUCUUUUCCCUUUCUUUCCUAGGUCUCUUGUUGUUUCUUUCGCGUUACUACUCUGGAUCUUGAUCUGAUUCCUUCUUUCUUUCUUUUUUUCACCCUCUAUUCAUCCCCUCUGGUCUACAUGCACGGAGAAGUUCGUUUCCGGAAGAUGGACCCGAAGAUACCAGUUCAAAAACGUUGAAAUACUCUAGUCCCCUCUUGAAUCUCCGAAACCAGAGGUGGAUCAGUGAAGCAUCUAGGGCUGAUCGGAUGCUGGGGAAGUCUCCCAAGUGGAGACAUCGACAACAAUCCCAUCUCCCAAGUCGGUUUCAUGGGGACUGAACCCCCUUGGGAGAUCGCCUGUCCACCACAUUCCAUUGUACGAUCCUGUGUACCGUCUGAUCCCGACUGGGUGCUGAAUGCCCUGCUCCCUGCUGCUGUUACCCGGGAGGUCAGGUACUUGCCCUGUCCUGAGUCCGGGGUUUAAGAGGGAUUGUUGAGAAGAGGAACAAAGCAAAGCGUGG